AUGUCAAGGUCAGGAGCCCUCCGCCUGUGCGUCAGGCCCCGGGCUGCGGCGCAAAGUCGAGCUUUUCGACCUCUGGGCUUUUCGACGACUACGUCUACGCGGGCAGCUGAGAUCCGCGAUGUCUCUUCCCUGCCGUCUAGGGUUAUUCCAAAGUACCGCGACCCUCCGAACUCGACCUCUGGCCUGCUAUCCCUACACUGGCCAACGCCUCCGCGAAAUAUCCUUCUGAUGCCGAAGCUGCGAUCACCGCAAGUCCUACGGGCGACCAUCGACUUUGCGAAACAUCUACAAAGCACAUACUCUGGUCUGAACCUCAUAUUCGAGCCGAGGGUUGCGCAAAUGGUGCACGAGUCCUUCAACUUUCCCAUCUAUACGUGCGACCCGUCAGCGUUUCCGGAUAGGAUCGACAUGAUCACGACCCUGGGCGGCGACGGCACCAUUCUGCGCGCCGCUAGCCAUUUCAGCAUGUACUCGGCCGUGCCUCCGAUCCUUGCGUUUAACUUUGGUACAAUCGGAUUCCUGGCGGAGUGGAAGUUUGAGGAAUACAAGCGGGCUUGGAGGGAGGCAUACAUGAGCGGAAGCGGCGUCGCUGCCGAGGAUCUGUUGACGCCGCACACGAGAGUUGCGAGCGGGGAGAAGGAACACGACGUCAAGGAUCGGGGUCAGUCCGGAUGGCAUGCGUCUCCGGGGAAGAGCAUGGGGCCGAGCCGGGCAGCUAAGAUCCUGCUCCGGCACCGACUACGGGUCGGCGUGUACGACAACAACGGCCAAAAUAUCAGCAGCCAAUUGCUUCCGACGACCAAAUCCCAGGCGCACCUGCCAGCUGUCCCCCCUGAGGACACAAUACUAUCGAAACGAGACAUCCCGCAACCGAUCCACGCCCUCAACGAACUUCUGAUUCAUCGAGGCCCGAAGCCACAUCUUGCCCACAUCGACAUCUACCUCAACAACCGAUUCCUGACGGAAGCCGUCGCAGACGGCAUUCUCUUAAGCACACCGACGGGCUCUACAGCGUACAGUCUAAGCGCCGGUGGCUCCAUCAUACACCCCCUCGUCAAAUCCCUACUCAUCACUCCAAUUUGCCCAAGGAGUCUGAGCUUCCGCCCCUUGGUUCUUCCUCUCAAUACCAAGGUGACACUCAAGGUCAGCAGCAAGAACCGCGAUGGAGAGCUUGAGGUCAGUAUCGACGGCAAGCGAAGCGCCGGCGCCGGCAUCGGCACGGAAAUUCGCGUCGAGGGCGAGAUGGUAGGCGAGUCCAGCAACGGUGACUGGAAGGGAGGAGUGCCCUGCGUCAUUUGCGGGCCAGGCAAGGGCGACGCGUCGGACUACGACGACGACGGGUGGGUAGGUGGCCUCAACGGCCUCCUAAUGUUCAACUACCCCAUCGGGAGGUGA